AUGGCUGAAUGGUGUGAGCCUGCGGGGAGAGUGAGGGGAGUGCUGUUGGAUAUUAGCGGGGUUCUGUAUGAAAGCGGGGAUGGAGGAGGGGUUCCCAUUAUAGGUUCCGUGGACGCGGUUAAAAGACUCAAAGAAGCCAAUUUAAAAGUGCGUUUCUGUACCAAUGAAACACAAGCUACCCGGGAAAAGUUUGUGAAGAAGUUGCAGAAUCUGGGGUUUGAUAUUAUUGUGGAUGAAGUCUUUGCUCCUGCCCCUGCUGUUUGUCAAGUGCUGAAGGAACGUGGUCUUAGACCUCAUCUUCUUGUACAUGAUGAUCUUCGACCAGAGUUUAACCAGAUUGACCAGUCGAACCCCAACUGUGUUGUGAUCGGAGAUGCUGCGGAGUAUUUUACUUACCAGAACAUGAAUGAGGCUUUUCAAGUUCUGAUGGGGCAGGAGAAACCUAUCCUGAUUUCUCUUGGCAGAGGGAGAUAUUAUAAGGAAACAGAUGGCUUGAAACUUGAUGUUGGAGUUUACAUGAAGGCCUUGGAGUAUGCCUGUGAUAUUGAAGCUGAAGUUGUUGGCAAGCCCGCAAAAAUGUUUUUCUUGUCCGCUUUAUCCGAUAUGGGAUUGGAACCAGAUCAGGUCAUCAUGAUAGGGGAUGAUAUUGUGUAUGAUGUAGGUGGAGCCCAGCAGUGUGGUAUGAAGGCUGUCCAAGUAAGGACAGGCAAGUACAGACCAUGUGAUGAACAGCACCCAACAGUGAAGGCAGAUGGGUACGUAGACAACUUAGCACAAGCAGUCACAAUCCUUCUCGAACACCUACAUCAGUAACUUGAACUCUGGUUUCGAAGAAUCACCUGGUGAUGAACAAAAAUUGGGAAGUCAUUAGAAAUUUACAAAUUCAUCUACUGUCUGGUGCUGAAACGAACGUUAACCUUUGAGGUUACAUGGCUUCUCAGAGUCAGCACUGCUCUGCAGGGUUUACUGUGAAUACCAUAUUAAACAGUGCUAACAUAUUAAAUAAUAUACAUGUUUGUUAAUAAGCAGUAAAUCAUUAAAAAUUGUGUUCAAUUUGGUUUACUGUUCGCACAGGACUCAAUGAUGCACUUGUGUACAGUCAUGUAAAUUGAUAAAAUCAUGUCAUCUGUAAAUUUUACUGCAACACUUAAUAAAUAUAAUUUAAAUCUGA